GAGGGUCGUGGCUUUAACCUCAGCCACAUAUAUUCUUUCUCAACUUUACCAAUACACUAAUCACACACUAUCAAUCAAUUACCAAUAAUGGCACUGGAAGGAGUCCCACGUCGCUCAGUUUGGGUAUCUCCCCACGAUAGCAUAAGCAUAUAAAAACUGCACUACACCCAUUUUUCAGUUUGAUGGACCAAAUGGAUGACGAGUCAUGGCAAAAAUGGGUUUCAAUUUUGGAGGAAAAUGAUUGCCAUACUUUAACUGAAGAAUUUAAGAGGGACAGUUCUGUGGUGCCUGCAGAAGACUCAUUGAAAGAAAGCAGUUUGAGAAUUUCAUCUUUGGAAAAGAACACUGGCUUUUACAUGACAAGUCUCACACAACAACAUGCUUCUUCACAAAAACCAAAGUCUUGUGUUCUGUCGUUUGAGAAUUUCACUUCAGUGCCAAUUUUUGAUAAGAAAACAUGCCAACAUCUUGGUGAACACUCAAAUCAGACUGAAGAAAAAACCAGAAAACCCCUCAAGAGGGAAAGAAACUCUUCUCAGACACUUGAUCACAUAAUGGCUGAGAGAAAAAGGAGAGAGAAUCUCACCAAAAUGUUCAUUGCCCUUUCUUCUCUUAUUCCUGGCUUGAAAAAGAUGGACAAGGUUACUGUUCUGAACAAGGCGAUAGAAUACGUGAAGUGUCUGGAGCAGCGUGUGAAUGAUUUGGAGAAAGAGAAUAAGAAGAGGAAGAUAGAAUCAUCAGAAGGAUGUUUGAAAGUGAGAAAAAGCAAGAUGGUUGGUUAUGAGUUUUCAUGGAGCUCUGAUGCUUGUUAUGAUGAUCACAAAGCUACCAAUAAAUGUUCAAAGGUUGAAGCAAGAGUUGCAGGAAAAGAUGUACUUAUCAGAGUAACCUGUGAGAUGCAAAGGAACGUUCUGCAGAAUGUUAUGGCCAAGCUUGAAGCUCAUAAUCUCUCUCUUGUUUCCACCAAUGUUUUGCCUUUUGGGAAUUCUGCUCUCACCAUUACCACCAUUGCUCAGAUGAACCCUAAAUUCACCACCACAGUUGACAACUUUGUGAAAACGUUGACUGAGGAUUUGUCCAAAGUGCUGUAAUCUGCAUUAUUAAUAUUAAUUAAUGAACUUCAACAGGUUACUGUUGAAUGUCUCUUUUCCAUUUUUUUUCUAUCAUUAAAGCUUAUAAAGAACGAAAUAGUGCUGCUGUGCAUGAUAGUUAUGGUUUUGGCCAUCUUCACGAACAUUCAUUUUUAUGGAAAAUAAAAUGAUUUUGUGUACUUUACACAAUUAAUAUAUUUCUAU